AUGUCUGACAUCGAGAAGAAAAAGGACCCCUCCACCGAGAGCGUCGUUGAAGAUGCCGAGAAGAUGGACAAUGCUCCGCUCAAUGAAGAAAAUGAGAUUGAUACCCUUCACAGAGCGUUGAAAGCCCGUCAGAUCUCCAUGAUAGCGCUAGGAGGUGCUGUCGGGACUGGCCUUAUCAUCGGCUCUGGCACCGCCUUGAGACGUGGUGGUCCUUUGGGUAUCCUUAUCGGCUACUCCUUUGUCGGAUUUGUAUGCUACUGUGUGAUGAUUUCCCUUGGGGAGGCAAGUAGAUCCGACAUCCUCAUGGCUGCAUACUUGCCCCACAAGCGCGGUUUCGCCGGAUACACCGCCCGGUUUUGGCACCCAGCCGUCGGGUUUGCACUGGGGUGGAACUACCUCAUGAAAUACCUCAUCGUCACGCCAAACAAUCUGAAUGCCGCAGUCCUCGUGGUUAAUUAUUGGACAAAGUCUGUUCCAAACCCGGCGUGGAUGGUCAUCUUCAUCACAUUCAUCUUCUUGAUCAAUCUACUUGGCAUUCGCGUAUUCGGAGAGCUUGAGUUCUGGUUCAGCAGUAUAAAGGUCAUUGCCUUGAUUGCUCUCAUUCUCUUCGGUAUCAUCGUCGACCUCGGAGGAAACCCGCGCCACGACAGAAUUGGCUUCCGUUACUGGAAAGCCCCCGAUGGCCCUAUGGGAUCGUAUCUCCUGGCAGAAAUUGGUGGAAAUGUUGCUCUUUCACGCUUCAUCGGCUUCUGGUCUGUCAUGGUUAACGGCUUGUUCGCUUAUAUGGGAACCGAACUCAUUGGUGUCACCGUUGGUGAGGCUGAGAACCCUCGGAAAAACAUCCCACGAGCCAUUCGCCGAACGUUCUUCCGUAUUCUCGUCUUCUACGUUGGAGGCGUCUUUGUCAUUGGCUUGAUCGUUCCCAGCACAUCCAGGGACCUCUUCAUUGCUACUAGGUCUUCCACCGGAGCCGCUGCAUCUCCUUUCGUCGUUGCCGCUACAAUGCUCGGUAUCCGCGGCCUUAGGCAUGUCAUCAACGGUGCCAUCCUCAUCUUCGUCCUCUCUGCCGCGAACAGCGAUCUUUAUAUUGGAUCGCGUACACUCUAUGGCCUCGCUUUGGAAGGCAAAGCUCCCAAGAUCUUCAAGCGUGUCAACAGGCUUGGUGUCCCAUACCCAGCGCUUCUCCUUUGCACGGCGUUUUGCUUCCUGGUCUUCCUCAACGUUGCAAAGGGUGCCUCCAAGACUUUCGGCUACUUCUCUGCAAUGGUGUCUAUGUGCGGUGCCAUAACCUGGAUGUGCAUUGUUUAUACGCACAUUCGCUUCAUGCAGGCCCUCAAAGUCCAGGUGUUUCCAGAGAUUCGCUCCCCUACAAGGCUCCCUUCCAACCCUAUGGCGCUUGGCUUUGACGCAUUUAUCCCCAAGCUCGCCGUUGACGUGUUUAUCACCGCAUACGUUGGCAUCCCGGCCUUCUUCCUCUUCCUCAUCUUCUGGAAGCUGAGAUUUAGGGAGAAGACGGUCCCCUUGGCCGAGAUGGACCUGAUUUCAGGCAAAAGGGAGAUCGACGAACAAGAGCAACGAUGGCUCGAGGCACAGGCUCUCUUGGGUCCUCGCACUCGCUGGCAAAAGAUUUGGGACUCACUCUAG